CGUUUAAUAUGUUUACUACGUGAAGUCAAGAAACUGCCUGGCAAAGAUUCUUGUACCAUUCUGCUGUCGUUUCUGAUUUUUGGUCUAUUUAAACUGAAAAUUCUCACGAAAGUCCAAACGGGAGGAAAGGCAUUGUGAAAUAAGAAUUAUUUUUUAACAUGCACCCUAAAUCAUUUCUCUCGCAAGGAUUUUGCGACAUACGCGUUUUCAAUCAAAUGUAGUCAAACUUUCGAAUGUGUUUUUUCUUGUAUUUUACGGGAGAUCAGAUUAUUCAUAAUAACGCUUCCAUCAUGGCUGCAGUGGUUUUCCUCGAAUAAACUUCUUUGGCCCGGUCCACACUGCCGCAGAAAUGUGAAAACGCAACAAUCAACGGUCAUUUUGGAUUUGAGUUUGAGUAAAACUCGUGCGGGGAAAUAACAUGAUCGUGACGCCACCGUUUUCGAAAAGCUUCGUUUUCAAAAUGUUUUCCGUCCACCCUCAAACGCAAAGCCGGCGUUUUCAAAUUCCUCCGGCUUAAAGAGCGUUUUCGAAAAGCUCCGUUUUGGUGACGGAUUAAUGUGCACGGUAUGCCUUACCGUGGAAACAAAGCUGCGUUUUUAACUUUCUCGGGCGUAGUGUGGAUGGGGCCUUGCACUUUCGUUGAGCAGGAGGUUUUCGGGGUGAGUCAAUUUUCUCUUGUCGAAAGGAAGCCAAUAAGCUGAAUUGACUCAAGAGGGUACAGAGUAAUGUUUGUAGUCACAGCUAAAUCCAGAGACCUGUUUAUUUUGGUCUGAAUACUCAAUCAGGUUUAGUCACUUCAUGAGAGCCAAGUCAAGGGCACCUGUGACUUAACUCAAUUAGUUCGUGACAGCUGAACACUGUCGGCCAAUCGGAGUUCGAGUUUCCCUGAUCAGUUUCGCUUUUUAGCUCGUUAUCAGCAGGACUGAGGCGAAAAAAGAAAAGCUCGAAACAUGACGUGAUGGAUGGAGGGUGGGCCGUUGAUUAGAAACUCCAACUUUGGCACGGUUUAGAUAUCACUGGAAGUUUUGAGCGAGAAGUAGAAAAGUUGCCUUCGCAGCAAGUUCUGGCGUGCAGUGUUUUUGGACAAUGGAACGAUUAUUGCCUUGUCUGGUGGCAUUUUUUGUCUGCUUACGGGUGGCUCUUGUUUUCUCGCGCCCAAGCGCAAAUACACGUGCUUUAGGCGACGAGGAUUGGACGCACCAUAACUUCGAACAGAUGACCGGGUAUCUUCAAAAUCUUCACAGACAAUACCCGAAAAUCACCCGUCUGUACAGCAUUGGGAAAUCAGUUCAGGGCCGAAAGUUAUGGGUGAUAGAAAUCUCGGACAACCCGGGAAAACACGAGCCAGGCGAACCGGAAUUCAAGUACAUUGCUAACAUGCACGGUAAUGAAGUCGUCGGUCGAGAACUACUCCUGCAUCUUGCCAAAGCGUUCUGUGAGAAUUACGGUCGAGAUACAAACCUGACCAAGAUCGUGGACAAUACCCGCAUUCACUUGAUGCCCAGCAUGAACCCUGACGGGUACGAACUGGCAGCGGAAGGAAACAAUCGCAAAGAUUGGAUCAUAGGGCGGAGCAACGCCAACAAUGUCGACCUCAACCGCAAUUUUCCCGAUCAGUUUUUCAAGAGCGUAACAGGACCUCCUCAGCCCGAGACUAUAGCUGUUAUGAAGUGGAUCGAGAACUACCCGUUCGUGCUAAGCGCUAACCUUCACGGUGGUUCCUUGGUGGCAAAUUACCCAUUUGAUGACAGCCCCACAGGACAGAGCGAAUACAGCAAAUCCCCGGAUGACGAUGUCUUCAAAGAGCUGGCCAAAAGCUACUCCAUGGCACAUCCCACCAUGCAUUUGAAAAACCCUCCCUGGCCUUGCCCCGAAGUCCCCCCGGAUCAUUUUGAAGACGGUGUUACAAAUGGUGCAGCUUGGUACAGUGUGUCAGGGGGUAUGCAGGAUUACAACUACAUGAACUCCAACUGCUUUGAGAUCACUAUAGAACAAGGUUGUAAGAAGUUCCCAGAAGCCAGUGAAUUGCCCAAAGACUGGGAAGAAAACAAAAAAGCGCUGAUUGCUUUCUUAGAUCAGGUGCAUAAAGGCGUAAAGGGUUUUGUAAAGGACAUUGAAGGCACUCCAAUAGCUGGUGCACGCAUCUCUGUUGACAGUCGCAAAAAAGACAUCAUAACCGCCAAGGACGGAGACUAUUGGCGUCUCCUUCUCCCAGGGGGCUACAAAGUCACUGCCCAGGCACAAGGAUACGAGCCCGUCACAAAAGAGGUGACGGUCACCGACGGGGAAGCAAAGGAGCUGAACUUUGCGUUGAAGAAAUCAGCUAUGGCUAACAACUCCAUGGACACGGAGCAACUAGACAGUGAUGAACCGAACCCGGCGGAAGAUUCUAAACCAGAACCCGGAUCCCCGACAGAAGUUGCCCCCAUGGAUCCAGGCAUUGCUACCGGGGGAGGGAUGAUGACUGGGGGAGGGAUGAUGGGGGCUGGGAUGCCCGGUGGAGGAGACUACGGGAUGGGCAUGGCCGGAGGUGGCAUGGGAGGUCCAUUGCAUAUGAAUGAUCAAUAUGGGAUGUCAAAUGGGAUGGGAGCUCCCACGGAGAAUAUGGGCGGGGCAAUGGGCUUGGGUAACAAUUUUGACAUGGGGGGUCCCAUAGGGGAUGCGGAGCUCGACCGUUUUGCCAUGAUGUCUCCCUACGAGGCUCAGUCUAGGGAUAAUACCAAGGGGUUUUUUCACAUCACCACCGAAGAACACGAGCCUCACGCUGUGUUUAGUAAUGAUGAUGGCAGUGAAAAUCAGGCCGGCAAUAACAUCAUGAAGAAGAGUGAGCUCGGCAGGCCACGAAAGAAAUAGGCAAUUCCUUUUUGCAAUGCGAAACGAUAGCUUUGUUUUUAUAAACAUAUCCAGAAACCAAAUCGGCCAGCGUACAAUCAUUAAUGGGUUGGAUUGGUUAAAUGUGAUCAUACCUCAAGCAUUUCAAAAUCGCCUUUUCCAAGGGCACUUUGUGGAGCAGCAAGGGAUUGGAUUUAAAGAUAACUAAAUACAUCGAAGUUAUUUUGAGAUGAGACAGGCUAAGUGAACAAACAUUGAGAUCUACGGACCAUAGUGCGGGUUUUUUCGGGCCUUCCCCUGGUAUAAGAUAGUAGUUGAAGGCUGGAAGAUCUAUAAAAACAAACAUUUAAGUAAUCAAUAGUUACAAUUGUCUUUGUAACUUCUAUUGCUAGUCCUUUUGACCCAGGAUUUGUAGUACCGUAUUGCACUGAUUGAAGUCCAGGGCAUUUUUUUCAAAUGUCACGUUUUCUCAUUACUGUUAAUCUAGACAGUUUUACUGGUAGAUCUGCCGGGCAGAAAAAGAUAAACUAAUACCACCGCUUACUGUAUACAUCCUUCGUAGAUACUUUCUAUUGAAAGGGGAUGGGUUUUAUUUAUUUCAUGACACUGACGGAGGGGACCUGGUAUCCAAUAUUGCUACAGCUCUUGCACAUUUCUGCAAGGGCCAACGGUCAACGCAAAAGGCACCGUAUCCUGGUGGAUCUAGCCAGCAAAUUGUAGAAUAGUAAAGAAAACUGAUGAAAUACUGACUUUUACGGUAACCUCGCUCCCAGGGUGUCCUGGGAGCGAGGUUACCGCAGAGGCCCUAGACCUCACUCAACGGGAGGACCUGGGCAUAGGAACAAGGUAGACUGUACGCCUGGAAUGAGGGAAAACGGUUGUAUUCACACCGUACGGUCAACUCUUUUUUCGUUAGUUUUCAUUUCAAAUUAAGCUAUAGCCAAGCAAGGCUGAUGAUUAUCCAUCCCACAUGAUUUCAGGCUGGGACUGAAAAUAAGUUAGUAUCGGAGUCCUGAUUACAAAUCAAUCAACUGUCAUCGCUCAACAGGGCACCGAUAAUUAUUUAGGAAAGCACGAUUCACGGCUGUCCGUUAGUUAGGAAAAAUUAAUUUUUUUGUAGGAGUAUUUUAUAUUAAUUGACAAUACAAAUUAAAUAUUUUUUAUUGGGAAACAGUGAGUCGGAGGACUAUUUAAUGUAAAGAAAUUUGUAUAUUUUGAUACUGAAGCAAUAAAUGAAAUUGAUCAAUUA